UCACCAGAAAAAGUACUACUACUUAAAUUUUCCACUUAUAGUCAGGUCCUCCAUGACACCCUAAGAAAGGAAAAGAAGAACUGACCACUGAAUGACAAUAUAUAAACCCAGAGAAAGGAGGCUGACAGUAGACGCUUUCUGCUCUGCCUUGACACAGAAGCCACAGCGAUGAAGCUCCACAUCACAGCAAUCCUGCUCCUCUUCUGGUUUGGUGUCUUCACUGGGCACACAGUCAGAGGGAGUUCUAGCAGUGAGUCCAUGCGCAAAUUCAAGUGUGUAAAUCUCUCUACAAGGCAGUUAAACAUUCGAAAUCUUGUGAACUAUGAAAAGCAACAAGUACCAACAGAUGCCAUCAUGUUUCUUACUGCAGGAGGUAUCAAGAUCUGUGUAAGACCUAAUCAGGAAUGGGUGCAGGCUGCUAUGAAGCGAAUAGAUGAAAGACGUACUGCCAAACCAAAUAAUCCAAGCUUCUAAGGAAAGCCAGCUGGAAUCAUCAUCAGUGCUGCAAGUAACAAGGAAGAAAAGCUUACUAUCUUCUUUUAUUUCCUAUUUAUUAAGUGGCAAUAAAAUCUUGGAACAAACACAAACUCAC